AUGAUGGUUUAUAUUGCAAAAUAUAACUUGAAAUCUUUUCGUCUAUCAUCAUUGGCUAACACACGUGUUUGGCUUUCAACGUUGAUGAAUGGAUCUCGAUUGAAAUCUGAAUUCCAGUCAGUUCCAACUCAAGGCGUUAUUCAACAGCCAAUAAAUACUUCUAUUUUUCAACCAUACGAUGUUAUUGUUGUGGGAGGUGGUCAUGCUGGUUGUGAAGCGGCACAUGCAUCUGCACGAAUGGGUGUUCGAACACUUCUGAUCACUCAUAAAAUAGAAACUAUUGGUGAAAUGUCUUGUAAUCCAUCGUUUGGUGGCAUUGGUAAAGGACAUUUAAUGCGUGAAAUUGAUGCUCUCGACGGUCUCUGUGGUCGUCUUUGUGAUCGAACGGGCGUGCAUUAUAAAGUUCUCAAUCGAAGCAAAGGUCGAGCCGUAUGGGGAUAUCGAGCACAAAUCGAUCGUAAACUAUAUAAACAAGCAAUGCAAACUGAAAUACUGAAUACACCUAAUUUACACGUCAUGGCUGCUGCUGUUCGUGAUAUUGUUAUGGAUGAGAGUCAAUCACGCAUUACUGGUAUUACACUUGACAAUCAUAGUUUAAUUCCUAGUCAUGCAGUGAUAAUUACAACUGGAACAUUUUUACGUGGAUGUAUCAAUUUGGGUAUGGAGGAACAGAAACCAGCUGGACGAUUAAACGAUCAACCGGCGAUUGAUUUGGCUAAGUCGAUCGAGAGAAUCGGAUUCAAAAUGGGACGUUUGAAAACCGGUACACCGGCACGAUUGGAAACGAAAACGAUUGACUUCAGAAAAACAACUGCACAUCGAGGUGACAAUCCUCCAUUACCGUUCUCUUUUUUAAACAAACGUGUUUGGAUCACACCUGAACAACAAUUAGAUUGUCAUCUAACUAUGACUACACCCGAACUAGCUGAUAUCGUCCGCCGAAACGCUCACUUAAGUCGACAUGUUACACAGGAUGUGACUGGACCACGUUACUGUCCAUCGAUCGAAUCGAAAAUUCUCCGUUUCAAAAAUCAAACACAUCCCGUUUGGCUAGAGCCUGAAGGAUUUGAUUCGGAUUUGACAUAUCCGCAAGGUUUAAGUUGCACAAUGCCUGUUGAUGUUCAAUUACGCAUGCUUCGAACGAUUCCAUCUCUCGAAAAUGUGAAUAUGGUUCGACCCGGUUAUGGCGUUGAAUACGACUUCAUAGAUCCGAGAGAAAUUAAACCAAGCUUAGAAACAAAACGUGUCACAAAUUUAUUCUUUGCAGGACAAAUUAACGGAACAACUGGGUACGAAGAAGCUGCAGGUCAAGGAAUUAUUGCUGGCAUUAAUAGUGCGUGUAAAAUAUUAAAUAAGCCAAUGUUUACAAUCAGUCGAGGUGAAGGAUAUAUUGGUGUAAUGAUUGAUGAUCUCACAUUACUGGGUGCAACCGAACCAUACCGAAUGUUUACAGCGCGAAGUGAAUAUCGCAUAUCGCUUCGAGCAGAUAAUGCUGAUCUUCGUUUGACUCAAGCCGGUUAUGACAUUGGAUGUGUUAGUGAACAACGUUACAAUCAAUUCAAAUCAUUCAAAGCAAACUAUGAUCGAGCUAAAGAAUGUUUACAAAAUCUAAUUAAACCAGUGCACGUUUGGCGUCGUUUAUUGAUGUCACAACCAGAGCUGACUCCAUGCCGAGAUGAAACAUUAAAAUCAAUGUAUUCAUUGGUUCAUCAAGCACCUUAUAUGAUGGACAACGAGAAAUGGCUUGCUUUCGUGCCUAAUGAUCAAGGAAUUCGUUCGAUGCUUUUAGCUGAUCGUGAAUUAGUCGAACGUAUUUGUCUCGAUGCUGUUUAUGAACACUUAACAAAACGACAAAAAGAUGAAAUCGAUGAAGUCAAACGAGAUGAAGCAUUUAUUAUUCCUGAUUCAUUUGAUUAUCAAAUCUUAGCCAUAUCGAAUGAGGCAAAACAGAGGUUAGAAGAAGUCCGACCGACGACACUCGGCUCGGCUAGUCGGAUACCUGGAAUUACACCAGCUACAAUAUUUUGUCUGUUAAAAGCUUUGAAAAAACAACCACAAACAUCGACGUUGAAUGCUUAA